UGAUGAUGUGACGUUCCGUUGGAUCUGCGUCUCCUACCCUGGUGCAGGGGGUACCAACAUGGCGUCGAUGCAGGAGAGCUAGUGCCAGUCAGACAAGAGGCGUAUUUCUUCCUGAUACCAUCAGCACUGGGUGGAGUUUAUGCAGGGGUGAAGCAACUGUAGCUGACCUAAACUCACAGAACCCCUGGUGGGACAGUUUGUAGUGUCCCGUCCCUCCAGACUACCAGAAAUCCUUGAACCAUCCAUGUGUAAGCCUCAAGGCCCCUCCUCCAGGAGCGACGUGGCCACUUAGCGACCCAGCUUUGAGCAGGAACGUUUCUGAGGGCAUUGGCGAAGUGCUCGUUUGUUGCUUUGUCUUGAGUGACAACCCCCCCCCUCAUUGCUUGGUGAUUCAUAACACUUAAGCCAUCCAGCUGAACACUGCUGAAAUCGAAUUGUGUCAAAGUUCACUCCAGAAAUAACCCAAGGGUAUACUAUGUGAAUAUUCAUGUUUUUCAGAAUUAAAAGAAAAUUCAGGACCGUUAAGAUCUUUGCGGGUUGCAUGCAGAUGUCACAGGAGGUUUGAACGCAAGGAAGUGCAUGUCUCCAAUUAUUUAAAGACACAGUCGUGAAGUUCUGUGUCAGCAGUGACUUUGUUAGCCUUUUUUUUGUCAUCUCAAUUUAUUGUCCUAAACAUUCCGGCAAGCUUGGCCGAUUCGUCACGACUUGUAAAACUGCAUUUUGAAGUUGCCUCUUGACAUAACUCCUCGUAUGACCAGCCCAACGAGCAGCGAUUCCUUUGCCAGGUACCCUCCCAAGCCACUGGUUGAUUUUCAGAAAAGGCUACAGAAGGAACUAUUGGCACUGCAGAAUGAUCCACCCCCUGGCAUGACCUUGAAUGAAAAGAGCGUACAAAAUACCAUAACACAGUGGAUAGUGGAUAUGGAAGGAGCCACAGGUACUCUGUAUGAAGGAGAAAAAUUUCAGCUGCUUUUUAAAUUCAGUGGUCGGUAUCCUUUCGACUCACCUCAGGUCAUGUUCACGGGAGAGAAUAUACCUGUUCAUCCUCAUGUAUAUAGCAACGGUCACAUCUGUCUGUCCAUUUUAACGGAAGACUGGUCACCCGCUCUUUCGGUGCAGUCUGUUUGUCUUAGCAUUAUCAGCAUGCUGUCGAGCUGCAAAGAAAAGCGGCGACCUCCUGAUAACUCCUUUUAUGUAAGAACAUGUAACAAGAAUCCAAAGAAAACAAAAUGGUGGUAUCACGAUGAUACUUGCUAAUGUUCAACUUUUUCAUACUCCUAGAAGAAAAAUGUCCUACUGAGUACAUAAGCACUUUUUAAUCAUUCAGUCUUUGAACUUUAACCUUUGACUGGGACAACUGACUUCCUGGACUGCAUUUCCCAGAGGGCUGCUGGAUGCAUGUUUUAGCUGGUUGUUUAAAAAAUGAAUACACGAACGUAUGAUACAGACGACGUGGAUUGUUUUGACAUACGGUAGUUAUGCAGCAAAUGAGGAGGUUUUGUAGUGAGAGAAUUCCUAUUUUAAAUCUUUUUAUGUUAUCUUUUUUUUUUUCUUUUUUUUUUUUGGAAGAGUUUUUUUGUUUUUUUUCCAGGUGGUCAUGUGUUGUGCAAUAACAUUGAUUCAUGCAUGCUUGGGCUGACAAAUCCGAAGCCUGACACAAUCCAAAUCGGGUCAUUUAUUUGUAAGGGACUGAACGUCUCAAUGGCAAAGAUGAGUCUGUUCACUGAAACUAUAUGCACUGUGAAAUCUGUUAGAGAAGUAAAACAUUGCAUUAUAACACCUUGUUCUGCUGUAACCUUCACCAUACUUUAUAUUCAGGAAACAGGUUUCGCCCCCCCCACUUUGACUUCUUGAAAAUGCUUGAGUUUAGGAAAGUACUCAUCCUUCUCCAUAUAUUUAUGAUUAACUUCCAAGUACUGAGCUGCUUUUGAGAAGCUGUUUUGCGAUUGGUCGAAUUUACUGGACAGCGAAUGGUCAUGCACAGGGUAAAGCCAGGAACUUUAUUACUGACCACAGGUUUGUGUGUUCCAGUCUCCAGACUCCACACAUCUAACUCUGUUUAAUCCAGGAGUGUUUACCGGCCUUUCUCUUCUAAGAACGCGACUGACCGCCUUGUGUUGCAGAAGUGUGCAAAAAAAAAAAAACAAACAAAAAAAAACAUUUUGUGUUGUGCUUUCAUUUUUGUUUGAUUAUCUUCACAUCUGGAUUAUGCUUUAAUUUAAUAUUGUCCUUGAUUUGAAAAGUAGUUCUUGUUUUUGUAAAAAAAAUAAAAAAUAAAAAA